AACCAUCGUUUACAUCAAUAUGGACCCUGCAGUUUGGGGGAUUAAGAGGGAAUGUGAUGGAAGCCAGAGACUGAGGGACCCUGCCCCCCAACUACAGCUCUGUCCCCCUUAGAUCAGGGUAUUAGAAGGCCAGCCACACACUGGCAACAUCUCACACUUAUGCCCAGGAGAGGAAUAACCUAGGUGUGGCCCUGGGGUGUGUGGCCUGGCUGGGCAUGUCACAAUGAUGCCCUCCCCAUGGGGGAAUGUCACAAUGGCUGGGUCAUAAAGCACCUGGCUACUUGACCUGGGGCCCUGGGGCUCAGGGCUCACUUUGCCACGGGUAGGCAUUGCCUGAAGAAACGUCGCUGCUCCGGGACCACACCUAUCUGUUUUCCCUUUCUUAUACUGAGAGAGGGAGGAAACGGAACUACUUAUACCCCAUCCGCUCCCCCUUUGCGUAUUACUAUUACUGCUAUCGCUAUCGCCUCAUCUACAGGAGAAGGAUGAUGCCUUCCCACGGGAGUAUCACCAUGACUGAGCGCGAGAGCCUGACCCUCAGACCUCGCUACUGCCUCCAAUGUUCCGAGUCCUUGGGAGGCGGCCCGGCCGGCAGAGGGGCUAACCAGGGUGAGCUGAAAGAGUUGUACAAGGCUGGGAACCUGACAGUGUUUGCUGGCGACCUUCUGCUCCCCGGUCUCCCUGUCCAGCUGGACUUCCAUUUCCAACUCGGUCCCCGCGGCUCCACUCACUGGCACGGACUCCUGGCCGACGGCAAGCUUUUCCUGGACACGCCCCGCGGCGUCCUGGAUCAAAACAACCGCGAAAGCCUGACUGCGACGCUGGAAUACGUGGAGGAACAGACCGCCCUGAACCUCGUGUUUGUGAACUUCCAGCCGGCUCGCAGCGAUCGCAGAGACCUGUUGCGAGCAUUCAGCUACUUGGGCUUUGAGGUUGUCAGACCAGAUCAUCCCGCGCUGCCACCCUGGCAGGAUGUUAUCUUCAUGGUUUACCAGCUGGAGCGAGACUGCUGUCCGGAGCUGGAAUGAGAGUUCCUGAAGCUGGGCAUUCUGCAAAGACAGGAUGGGAUGGGUGGGGGGAUGGCUUAGCUCCCACUUAACUUGGGCCUGGAAGUGGCAGGAUC